UUUACACAAAAUUAGUCAGUUGUAAGUUGGAAAAACAUUCCGCUAUCCACCUAGUCAAAAUACCCUCUACAGUCUCCAGACAUGGAAUUAAAAUGAGGUCUAUAGACUUUGUUUUUCGACCUUGCCUGAAAAAUUACAAGAUAACCAGGUUUUGUAGUGAAUGUUGCCUUCUUGUCGGUACCAUAGUUAUGAUACUGAUAUCAAUAAAACAAAAUAUGUUUUUUUUCAAGGAUUCAAAAAACCAUGGAGAAUUCGCUGAUUUAAUGGGAAAACCAAAGAGUUUUACAGUAACACGGAGUGGGAAUCUUUGUAACUAAACUUAAUUUUUCUCAGUUAAUGGUGCAGGGAAAUGUUUUUGCAAACAUACUUUCGUCAGGUCAACUGAUGGCGGUAGCCGUUCCCUUUUGAAAGUUUUAAACAUUUUGAAUUUGACUUUUGAAAACGUUGAUUUUCGAAUAAUUUUGAAAAAAUUUGGCAAAGACUUUAUUUCCCGGACGCCUUUUCGCUGUUAAUUGUCGAUGUUUCUCCAGUUAAGCUUAAAGAAUGUUUUUAUUGCUUUAGUCUUACGUAUUCUUUGUUGAUUGGGUAUUAUUUUUACUUGGGAAUGUGUUUUGCUUUUAUAUAUAAAGACGCUGUUUUAGUUAAAAGAGAUUGGGCUUUUUGGUAGAAGCACGCAGCUGAAAUUUGCAGUAGUAAGGGAAGAAGUUCGGUGUUGAUCAAUAUUAGUCGUAUCUUUUAGCUUCUCUUUGCCUCAAGUAAAGUCGGAAAAAACCCUGAAGUGAAGAAGUUGAGAAGGAGUCAAGACGAAGUGAAGCUGAAGUAAGAAAGCAGUUAAAAAUAAUUGAAAAGGUAAAGAUCUAGACGAAGAUAAAAGAAUAAAUCAGAAAAAGAAGAAGGGGAUGAAAGAGAAACAGCAAGAAAAACAAGAAAAGAUGAAAGAGGAAGAAGAGGAAAUCAAGGCUAGGUAAAAGCAGAAGCAUAGGAAAACGAAAGAGGAGAAAGAAGAGAGAAAAAGGAGAAGAAUACGAAUAACAACAACAACAAAUUUUUCGAGGACGUUUGGAAGGGAGACGAAUCAAAAGGAGGUUUUCAAGAAAGAUUUGUAAGAAGAGUUGUAGGAAAUUUCGAAGCAAGUUUUAAAGGAAACACCGAAAAAAGCUGUUAAGGAAGUAGAGUCAAGAAAAGUUGUUAACCUUCCUCUAGACAAAAACAUCCCAGAAGGCAAACCUUCCUCACAAAACAAUAGAAAGUGGGCGUGGUUUAGGUGUGUCGUAGGAGCUUCUAUUGUUUUUCGUGGAACUUUCAACCGCGGUGGUGUGCAGAUCUAUUAAAGAAGAAGCAUAAAGAAGAAGCCGACUUCUGAGAAGAUUUGAAGGAAAAUUCGAAGCAAGUUUUGAAGGAGAGUCUGGAGGAAGAAGUGAAGGAAGAUUUGACAUAAAGGAAAGUAAACAACAUAUUAUUUGCAACAGAAAGGCUUCAUCUGACGGAGCUGUGGGUUAUAAAUCUUUAAAAAAGCCGCAUAAAUUCUUAAUAAAUACUCGAUGAAGAAUUGGAGAAGAAACAUUUGAAACCAAUGGAAACGAUAUUCAACUGAUCUUUGCAAGCUAAAAUGAUUGUUACGAAACUCUAAUGAUUCAGAGACUCAGAGAAAAGUAAAUUUAAAGGGGAAAUUUGAUAUUCACUGGUUACAUGAACAAGAUCUAAAAAAGAGCAAAACAUGACAUCUUCAAAUCAAACUUUCAUAGUCUUUACAUGCCUUGCAUUGAUGACAUUUGCAAGAGGUAUUACAAGAUUGCCUUGUAAAUCUCAAAGCAUGUUUAGCAUCAUUCUUCAUGAUACAAAGGACGCAGGGCCUGUCGGGAAGACAGUGACGUCAGCAACAACAAUCGCAUGCACCCAUAAAUGUCUCUCGUGGCCAAGUUGCAAGUCCCUUAACUUCAAGAAAGAAACAAAAUCAUGCGAUCUGUUGGAGAGAAAUUUCACGGAGAGUGCAGUGCACUUAACAAAAGACGUCGGUUCUGUUUACAUGACGACAGAAGAGGACCAAAUGAACAAAGGACCAAUCUGCAAAGCAUUGAUGCCAUGCCAAAACGGUGGCACGUGCCAAGAUACCUGCGAUAAUAAAGGAUACAAGUGCACAUGUGUCCCCGGUUACACUGGAUUCAACUGCGAGAGCAAGGAUGAAUGGACAGUAUUCCAACGACGAGUUUCGGCUGACAUAGAUUUCAACCACGAUUGGGCUUCAUAUAAAGUAGGAUUUGGUGAUCCAUCAGGGAGUUUCUGGCUUGGCUUGGACAAAUUGCAUGAGAUGGCAAAGCCUGGCGCAGGCACAAAGCUCCGCAUCGACAUGAAAGCUAGGACUGGCGAGAGCUAUUACGCAGAGUACAGUAAAUUCGAAGUCGAAAACGAAGCUGCUGGUUAUCGAUUGACUGUUUCUGGGUUCACUGGGAAUGUAGAUGAUGAAUUUAUAAAUCACAGUGGCAGAAAAUGGACCACGUAUGACCGGGACAAUGACGCUGCUAUAAAUGUGAACUGUGCCAAGUUGCUAAAAUCUGGUUGGUGGUUUACUAAUUGCGCUAGUACAAACUUGAAUGGUGUUUUCUUAAAACCAGGAGAAGAAGAAAAUAAUGCACAUCGUUUAUGGAGCAGUGUUGAAAACAUAAAUUUUAUUGAAAUGAAAGUCAAGCCAGAUGGCUAAGAAGAGGACAGGGUUUGGAAAGUCUGAGGCGAAGGCAAAUUUAAGACUCAUUUUGCUAUGCUAAAGAGAAUUUUUCCCGGUAGUGGUGCGAUCAGUAAGUCCUCAAAUAAUCCCAUACUUUCAAAUAAACCCCCCUCCAGUAAUCCCCAACCCUAAAGCAUCUUUGGUGAAAUAAGCCCUGCCUUUGAAUAAUCCCAUACUUUCAAAUAAACCCCCUCCAAUAAUCCCCAACCCUAAAGUAUCUUUGGUGAAAUAAGCCCUGCCUUUGAAUAAUCCCAUACUUUCAAAUAAACCCCCUCCAAUAAUCCCCAACCCUAAAGUAUC